AUGCUGCUACGGGUCAACAGUCCUGGCAUCCACAGGGAUUUCCUGGCUAGGGACGUCGAUCGGGGAGACAUCCGGAGCCUGCUGGGUGAUGCAGCGUCGAACUCUGAUGGCUUUCAGCCUUUCAAGCUGGAGAGUGUGCAGCAGGAGAUCGAUGUGGAGGCUGGCAGACUGCGAAACCGGCUUUCACUUGCCCCAUGGCCUGGUGCGCUCCCGUUGCCACCCCCCUUGGGGACGCUGCUGUCCGAGCUGAAGGAUGCAGAGGUCGUCCUCAGCCUGGACCAUCGUUUCGAGGCGUAUGGUGACAUCCGCCUCCGCAUCGUGCUGGAGAGACUGGAUCGAUCACUCCGGCGGCGGAAUGGGGAGGAGCUUCAGGGCCUUGCAUCGUGGCUGCCACUUCGCUCCAGCUACGGCUUCCCGCAGCUGCUCGGUGAACUUGGCCCGGGCAGAUUCGAUACGACGCUGCUGCAAGGCGAUGUUCGGAUCAGCCGAGGGGUUGGGCGCUUCAAGGAGCUGCGGAUCUUCCGGCGUCUUCGCGCCUAG